UGCUUGGCGUGAAAGAGAGACACGACUUCAAAAGAUGUUGAUCGGCUCGGCGUGCAUUGGGACAUACAAACGCCACUUGGUUUAACUUUCGACCUUUUCUCUCUCUCCCUCUCUCUAAAUGUGGGUUCAUUCAACAUCUCUCAUGUCAUUUUACACCCACAAACACACAGUUUCAUCUUUGAUUCUCUCCACCUAUCAUUCAACCUUCAUCUCCCCUCAAAACCCUUUUGAAAAAGGUCAUCAAUUUGGUUCAAGAAUCGGAAACCCAAUUCAUUGAUUGAUUGUUUGUUUGUAUAGAGGGUGUUGUAAAUAUGAGAUUUUUUUCAUGAUUUUGACCAUAAUCUUUGUGUCCUUGGAAACCCUUUUGAAAUCUUUGAUUUUUAACAAUCUUAGAUCCAUCUUGUACAAUUUGAUGCAAAAUUAAUCUUAUAGAUUUUUAGGGUUCCAAUGCAAGGACAGAGGGGUGCUGUGGGCUCAUUUCCGGAAACAUUAGCGUUUGAACACGGUUCAACAUCGAGUGAUGUCGUUAACUCUCCAUCGAACCGGUUACCCGAUUACAUCUCUUUGAACCCAACAAAUCAAGAAGGUCAGAAUGUAAGUAUGUGGGAUGUAGGCGAACCCAGUUCAAGUUCGGGUCCGAACCAAGCGAACCUGGGUCAUAUAGAAUCACGACCAGACCAUGGGUGGCCUUCGUUGAUGAAACCUUGUCCUGAACCACCAUCAAGUGUGCUUUCGUUGGGUGAUCAUGGUGCAUCUAGUUCAUCGUUUUCUGACCCGUUUGACACAGAUGAUCACCGCCUGUCUCGUAAAAGAAAAGCGGUUGAAUUAACCAUGGGCCAGUCUUCUUCAGGGGCGGGAAGUUCAAGCAUGUUUCAAAGAUCCGACGGUGGGUCGAGCUCGUGGCACACAAUCGAUGAAAACCCACUUCCAGACCCGACUAUUCCGAGACUUGGGUUGAGUAUUGGCGAGAACCCGCUUGUGUCCCGUCAACAGGUUGACUCUCGGGGGUCUGAUGUUUCGGGUUUGAGACUUAACCAGCCAUCUGAUGAUUUAUCAAGUCAUCAGGGUCAGCCCGUUUUGCGGGUUCCUGCAUUAAGACGAAAUUUUCAAUCAACUUCUAGAUGGAGUCGGAGUUCUAGCUCGAGAGCAACCCGAUCACCGAAUCUUGUUAUUUCCGCUGAUCGGAGUGAACUCGAUUCGAUUUCUGAUCAUCCCAUAUUUCCACCACCAAGUAGCAUAAGAACCGCCGCCCAAACCGAACUCAAUUGGAGCUCAACCGGUGACGGUGCGAAUGUAAACGAUGGUGGAAAUGUCGGUAGUUCUCGAGCCAGACCAAGUUCCGGGCCCUCGCCAAAUUAUAAUCCUAGAAGACUAUCAGCAUUUCUUCGGCGAUCUUUGUUGUCGGCUGCUGGUUCGGAGGACGGUGGAGGGCAGAAUGGUAAUAUUUUCCCGAUAAUCCCUCCAGCUUUGAAUAGUUCAUCAUCUUCCUCCCAAGAUGUUGGGACUCUGCCGGGUCAUCAUCGUCAUCAGGCGUACUCGAGGUCUUCUUUAUUGCUCGGUAGACAGCUUGAGGGUGCGUAUCUUUCACGAACCGUGACACCUGGCGGUGAAGGAAGAGGCAGGCUUGUGUCUGAGAUUCGUAAUGUACUGGAUCUUAUGCGCAGGGGUGAAGCCUUGCGAUUUGAGGAUGUUAUGAUACUAGAUCAAUCGGUCUUUUACGGGAUCGCGGAUAUUCACGACAGGCAUAGAGAUAUGCGACUUGAUAUAGACAAUAUGUCAUACGAGGAGCUACUUGCAUUAGAAGAACGCAUAGGAAAUGUAAACACUGGAUUGACCGAAGAAACAAUUGCAAAGCAUCUCAAGCAGAAAUCGUAUGUGGUUGAAAGGGGCCAGCCCGACGUAGAACCUUGUUCCGUAUGUCAGGAGGAAUACAAGGAUGGAGAUGAUCUUGGAACACUAGAGUGUGGGCAUGAUUUCCACCAUGGUUGCAUAAAACAAUGGCUGCAACACAAGAACUUGUGCCCCAUUUGUAAGUCGACGGGAUUUGCGUCUACAUGAUCCAUCUACAUGAGCCGACACGACCCGAAGAUGUUAUGAAUUAUUUGGCUGCAAGUAAGGUGGUGUUUUUGGCAAAAUUAUUGGCAGAUAAUAUCCUCUUUGUUUGUUUAUCUGUUAUGCUAUUUAUGUUAUUUUUUGGAUUCUUUCUAUGAACCAAAGGCACAACUUAUGCCAAUCUUCCAUUUAUUUAUGCUCUUCGACAAGUUUAAGGUUUUGUUAUGGACUGAAACCAUUGCAAGGUAUGAGAUUUAUUCAGCAUUGGUUGUAUGGGCAACCAAUGUGGAGUUUAUGUAUU